CUGUGCGCCCUGCAGGACUCGGUGCACCAUGGUUGCGUCCUCGCCGCUGCGCGACUGCCAGGCCUGGAAGGACGCGGGGCUGCCGCUCUCCACCACAAGCAACGAAGCCUGCAAGCUGUUCGAUGCCACCCUCACCCAGUAUGUCACGUGGAGCAAUGACAAGACUCUUGGCGGCGUCGAGGGCUGCCUGGCACGGCUCGAAGCAGCGGACCCGACCUUCGCCAUGGGCCACGCCAUCUCUACCGGCCUCAAGCUGAUUGGCACCGGGAGCUCCGUGCGGCUGGACCACGAGCUGGACCUGGCUGUGAAGACAAUGGUGGAGGUGUCCACAGCACAGACCCUGACGCCACGGGAGCAGCUGCACGUGUCGGCCGUGGAGACCUUCGCCAAGGGAAACUUCCCAAAGGCCUGUGACAUGUGGGAGCAGAUUCUGCAGGACCACCCCACGGACCUGCUGGCGCUGAAAUUCUCCCAUGACGCCUACUUUUACCUGGGCUACCAGGAGCAGAUGCGGGAUUCUGUGGCUCGAGUUUACCCCUUCUGGACACGCGACAUCCCCCUGAGCAGCUAUGUGAAAGGCAUGUACUCAUUUGGACUGAUGGAAACCAACUUCUACGACCGGGCAGAAAAGCUUGCCAAAGAGGCUCUGGCCAUCACCCCGACAGACGCAUGGUCAGUGCACACCAUCGCCCACAUCCACGAGAUGAGAGCAGAGGUCCAGGACGGACUGGAGUUCAUGCAGCGCUCAGAGGCCAACUGGAAGGACUCUGAUAUGCUGGCCUGUCAUAAUUACUGGCACUGGGCUUUAUACCUGAUUGAGAAGGGUGAAUAUGAGGCUGCGCUGACGCUGUACGAUGCCCACAUUCUGCCCAGUGUGCAAGCCAGCGGUGCAAUGCUGGACGUGGUGGACAGCUGCUCCAUGCUCUUCCGCCUGCAGAUGGAAGGAGUGUCCGUAGGCCAGCGCUGGCACAGUCUGCUGCCUGUGACCCAGAAGCACACGCGUGACCAUACCCUGCUGUUCAAUGACGCACACCUGCUGAUGGCCUCGCUGGGCGCCGGGGACUCCCAGACCACGCAGGAGCUGCUGAGCACCCUGCAGGAGGCCAGCGAAUCUCCGGGGGAGAACUGUCAGCACCUCCUGGCCCGAGACGUGGGGCUGCCCCUGUGCCAGGCCAUGGUGGAGGCCGACGCUGGGAAUGCGGACCGCGCCCUGCAGCUGCUUAUGCCCAUCCGCUACCGCAUCGUUGAGAUUGGGGGCAGCAAUGCGCAGAGAGAUGUCUUCCACCAGUUGCUGAUUCACGCAGCCCUGAACUGCACCUCCAGCACGCACAGGAACGUGGCCCGGACUCUUCUAAUGGAGCGAGACGCCCUAAAACCCAACUCGCCCCUCACCGAGAGGCUCAUCCACAGGGCAGCCGCUGCGCACCUCAUGUAGUGAGCGUGCCCAUGGC